AUGGGCAACAGUGGCAGUUCAUUAACCGAUCUAAAUUUAUUCUCAAAGGGUGGAGUAUUCACGCGUGAUCAGCUUGAUGAAUACCAGGAUUGCACGUUCUUUACCAGGAAGGAUAUUCUUCGUCUAUAUAAACGUUUUUAUGCGCUCAAUCCAAUCAAAGUGCCAACGAACAUGCAGGGCAACAGACCUGCGAUUAUUACAUUAUGCUUCGAGGAAAUCGAGAAAAUGCCCGAAUUACGGGAGAACCCGUUUCGACGGCGUAUAUGUCAGGUGUUUUCGGAGGAUGGCUGCGGCAACUUGACCUUCGAUGAUUUUCUUGAUAUGUUCUCAGUAUUCAGCGAAAUGGCACCACUACAACUCAAACUGAAAUAUGCGUUCCGGAUAUAUGAUUUCGAUGGUGAUGAUCAGUUGGGCCACGACGAUUUAAGCAAAAUGAUACGUUGUCUCACGAGAGAUGAACUCAGUGAUGAAGAAGUGGAGUUCAUUAUUGAACGUAUAAUCGAAGAGGCUGACUUGGAUGGCGACGAGCAGAUUUCUUAUGCUGAAUUCGAACACGUCGUUUCGCGUUCUCCUGAUUUUAUUCGCACUUUUCAUAUUCGUAUAUAA